CGGCAGCUGACUGCGACUCCUACAGGAAGUGUUCAUUCCCACAACGAGAUGGCUGCUGCAGUCAGAAUGAGGACGUGGAGCUGUCCGACCUCAGGGGUUUUCUAUCCAUGGACUGUCCUUUUUGUAGCUUUACUAUGUACUAUAAAUGCUGUUGUUGCUGCACCAGAGACGGGGCUUUGGAAAAUCACAGUUGUAAAUACAUCCAGACCUCUGCUGUUAAGGAAAUCAAUGUAUAAAGACACCGACAUUGAAUUAAAAGUUGUGCGUUUCGGCUGUCCCGAGGAGGUGACCUUAUCUAUUCACUGGUAUUUAAAAUACUACCCCUGUCACAAUGAAUUCAACAAUAUUGAAGAAAUGUACCCAAGAACACCGCUGAGUCGAGGGGAGAGCCUGGAUCCAAAUCCCCUCGGACAAGGAGAGUGCAUCGAACACAGACAUAGCCCAGUGACAUGUAACAGUGGACUGCACUCCUUUCCAAUGCUCAAAAAAGCCAAAGGAGAUCCACGUCCAGUCGCUCCUCCUCGGAAGGGGGAACAGCCUGAUGAGAAAUGGAUUACUGAGGAGUAUGACAGCAGCAGCAUGGCUAAGAACGGGAGCGUUAAUAUCAACGACAACGUCAUAGCAACCACGUGGAAGGACGGUCCUUAUCUGCUUGUGGUUAAGUUUGAGUCUAGUAAACCGGAGGCUAACUGGAAUUUAACAGUUAGUGUGGUGAUGAAAAGCAGCCGUGGCUACAUUUCGAUCACAGAAUGGCCUCUAAUGAUUUUCUACAUGGUGAUGUGCAUAGUGUACAUCCUUUACGCCCUGCUCUGGUUCAUCUGGGCCGCGUGCUACUGGAAGGAUCUGCUGAGGAUCCAGUUCUGGAUAGCAGGGGUCAUAUUUCUGGGGAUGGUGGAGAAGGCUGUCUUCUGUGCGGAAUAUGAAAACACCAACACUGUCGGCUCAGCUUCUCCAGGCUUGUUGAUCUUUGCCGAGCUGGUCUCUGCUCUCAAAAGGACUCUGGCUCGAUUACUCGUCAUCAUUGUCAGUCUGGGCUAUGGCAUCGUAAAGCCUCGUCUGGGGCAGGUGAUGCACAGAGUCGUGGGGCUUGGCAUUCUCUACUUUGCCUUUGCUAGCAUUGAAGGUGUUCUGAGGAUAACUGGGGGACGAGACAAUGGCACCGCUCUUAUUACAGAAAUAGUUCUGGCUGUGCUUGACUCCUGCAACAUCUGGUUCAUCUUUGUCAGCCUGGCACAAACCAUCAAGACUCUGAAGCUGAGGAGAAACCCCGUCAAGUUGUCUCUCUACAGGCACUUUACAAACACUCUAAUAUUUGCCGUCAUUGCUUCCGUCAUCUUCAUGGGUUGGAUAGCAAAGAAGUUCCGGCUUGCAGAUUGCCAGUCUGAUUGGAUUGAGCUGUGGGUGGAGGAUGCUUUCUGGAGGUUCUUGUUCUCCGUCAUCCUGCUGGUCAUAAUGUUUUUAUGGAGACCCUCUGCAAACAACCAAAGGUACGCUUUCACACCUCUCAUGGAUGACUCUGACGACGAGGAGAUCGAGGAGUUUGUCGCCUCUACAAACAUUGCUGAGGGCAUAAAGUUGAGAUCUAAAACUGAGACGAAUGGCACAGUGAAGCCUGCGGAAGCAAACACAGAGGAAGACUUGAAGUGGGUGGAGGAUAACAUUCCUAGCUCUUUUACUGAUGUAGCUCUACCAGUCCUGCUCGACUCAGAUGAGGAAAUCAUGACGACCAGAUACGAGAUGUCAAAGCUGGAGUGAGGCGAAUCCUUUCCAGACACGGAGGGAGACAGUCGGCCGUCCCUCGCUCUGCAGCAGGGGGUUCUCCAGGAUUUCCAGGCAGGUGGUGGUGGAGUGCCAUUUAGUUUUUCAGGGGAUCUUCCAGUAAGGCUUCUCCUUCGCGGGGUGGUGAAGACCACAGUGUAGAGGGAGCUCUGCUUAUUUCCUCAACUUCUCAAGAGCAAAGGACUCCUCCAGAGAAAUCUUGUCUUUUCACUGACCAAAAGGUUCACCAUUUUCCUUAUUAUUAUUAUUAUUAUUAGUUUAGAGCAUUUCUUUCCAAAGAGAACAUUUUCCUUUUUAUAAGUGCUGUAUUUAUUUCUUUUAUUUUCAUAUGGAUUUAUUUUAUCAGAGAAUGAGUAAUAGUGGGCCUCAUGCAUGAACAUAGUCUCAAUUAUACGUUAAGUGUCUUUUUGCGGGGAAUCUAGAUGUUAUCGGUCUGCUGAAAUUCGAUAAGAUGCUUAUUUAUUAUGGGAAAAUAAUUAAAAGCCCUUUUUUUUCAGUAAUUGAACCAAGGACUAUUUAUUUUAGCUGUGUUUGCAGCCAGAGGAGAGAUAGAGGAUUUAUCUUCCAUUUGUAUAUUCAUCCAUUUCAAACAUUCAUUUUCAUGUGACUAAGUGAAACACAUUUUUAUUUUAUUUUUUUCUUUGCCAACUUUAAAAUGAAUAAUUCAAACACAUUGACUUUGAGUAGAUCAUUUGCUUUUAUGCACUUUGAAGAUCACAGCUGUGAGUAAAUGUAGUUCUUGUAUGAGGCCUAUCUGUUCAGGUAAUUGAGAAUAAUGUGUGUGAAAGUGUUUAAUUCUCCAGACAUACUGAGUAUUGGUGUGUGAUCGGGGGGCGAGCAAGAAGCACAAACUAGUGAUUUGUACAAUUUAAAUGUAAUUGGGGGGUGUAAUCAGGUUUUGAUGACCCUACGUGUUUGGGUGGGCAAGUUUGUGUAUUCUGAGAAAAGGAGCAAUAUACUGUAUUUAUGUCAACAUGGAGUUAAAGCAUUUCAUUAUUUAUUUGUGUUCUAAGUGUACUUAUAAGUUGUUAAAGAGUGUCUGUGCCUAUGUUUACUCCAAAGUGUGUUUACAAUGUGUGCUUCCUUUUCUAACUGCAGCUUGUUUGAUUUAUUAUAGCUGAUAUGAAAAUGUGGUGGUUUCAAAAGCACCGUAAUAACAUUUAUUUUCUGUCAAAGGAGGCGUAUCAUUUCUGAAAAUGGCUGCCCCAGUGUUUUCGUCUGUGUAGUUUUGCAACACUGUUGUAGUCUUAAUGUCUGUUGUCUUAAGUAAAUGUAACAGCAAGAAGUUUCUGUCUAGGCCAUUCCUUAUUAUGAGACAUUACAUAAGUUAUGUGGUUAGCAUAAGCACAAGCUGAUCACUUAAGCUUAUAAUGUCACUGUUCUGUUUUUUUUGUUUUGGAUGGAAACCUGGAAUAAUUGUGCUUAUGAUGGCACGCUGUCCUUCUGUUAUAUAAAACUGCAGACACCUGCAGUGGACCUCGAUUAUUUGUACAGAUGGGUUUUGGCUGAUUCCUGUUAUUCCAUAAUUCCACAAUUCCACAGCUGGAGAAGUGUCUGGAUAAUAUGCCUGUUCUUUUUUUUAUGGGUGUCAUGAAAAACCUUUCAUACCAGCAGUUUUCUCCUCUCUUCCUUCUCAGGAAGUGUGUAUGAUCAGAAUAAAUAAUCAAACGCAGGAGCGCGUUUGUUUCCUGGUCUUUGAUUUUUCAGUAUUAAUUUGGCAAAUAAAACAUACAUAUUUUA